AUGGCACACUAUCAACGUGGCUUUCCGUACAAAGGACCAAAAUAUGUAAUCAACACCGUCACUACAUCUACUCGUGCGUUUCUCGGCUAUCAAGCAAAUUUUAGUGAUCCCAGCAAAAAUCUUCAGCGCCUAGUUCAAAACCACCGAAUUCUCACAGAUAAUGAAACAAAACACCAACGCCGAAAUGCGAGACGACAACUCACGCCGUUGCAGUAUCUUUCUACCUUGCAAGAGUUUCUCCCCGCAGAGCUUGCUAAAGUGCAAUUCGAUUGCACUUCAUUGACCGUGGCAUGUCAUUUGUUGAUGGGGAAGUUCCGUGUUCAAAUCAAGCAGCAGUUAGGGAUAGAGCAUCCUAUAUUUCCAUGCGAAGACAGCAUUGAGCCAUCAUAUCCAUUUAUAGUAAUGGAUAUCUUUCAUGAAGGAAGAAAUGGAGGAGAAAAUCCUUGGCUGAAAAUAGUGGCCAGUGUUUUGAUGAAUUAUUUAGCGAGCUUGUAA